AUGCUUGAUUUCUGCCUUGGUCUCUUUUGCCCGGGUCCCGGAAGAAGACACAAGAAGGAAAGAUAUAUCAACCCCGCUUCGCUCGCUUUAUCAAGACCUCGUCGUCGACAUCCCCUUCCAACACCUGUAUAUCCUCUUCCUGCACCUAUAAUUCCUCCUCCAGAACAGAACUACGAACAACUUCGUCCCAUCAGUCCCAUAUACUAUCCAGAACCGGAGUUGGAAUUUGAACCCGAGCCUGAGCUUUUUCACCCUCAGGUAUUUCAACGAGUUUCUUUUGAUCCGGACUUGGGACGUAGAUUAGAGCCUGCAGCUCAAAGAAUUCAUUUUGUACAGCCAGAGCCAGAAGUUUAUUUACCUCUUCCUCGUCCCAGAUCACCGCCCAGACAACACAUACAUUUUGUUCAACCGCUUCCACCACCGUACACCCCUUCACCUCAACCUUCUCCUGCGAGUCACCAUAUUCACGUAUUCCCUCCUCCUGCCAUUAUUCGUCCACCGAGGAAGCCCUCUCCACCACAUACCCAUAUUCACCUUCUUGGUCCUGCUCCUCCUCCCCGAAUUAACACGCCACCGGCUCAAACACUUGCUUUGGUUCCCCUCCCAAAAGUCAACAGGAAAAUGAAUUUUCCCAAUCAUCCUCAUCCUCAUCCUCAUCCUCAUCCCCAUCCCCAUCCCCAUCCCCACCAUCACUACAAUCACAAUCACAAUCGCAACUAUCGACACCGCUCUCCUUCUUCUUCUCCUUCUCGUUCUCCUUCCCCUCUCUCCCAUGCACACCAUCCCCCUCAUGAUCACGCCAAUAAUCAACAAAAUAAUCCGAAUAAUCUGAACAACAUCCCCCUAGCCGAUCUUAUCCGCGAUGUUUUACAUCGCUAUCUACAAAUAAAUUUGCCACCUGGAACAGCUAUCAGUAUAGCAAGAUUGAUGUCUAACAGUCGAAAUCCAAAUUUUGAUUUGAGCGUCCAAGCGAAUGCUGGGACUAGUAGAAAUCGCUCGCGGAGUCGAUCACAAAGUAGGGGUCAGGGGAUAGGAAGAAGGGGUGGAAGCAAUAACAACAGUAAUGGAGCAGCUGACGGGAAUGCAAUUAGCAGUGGCAGAAAGGGAAAUAGAGGAACUAGACAACCAAUUAUGAGUUCGGACUCGAGUUCGGAAUCCUGUGAUACACUAACACAGAAAGGCAAAAUCGCAUUGUUGGAAGAGAUUAGACGAGUAAACAUGUGCGCCCAGGUUGCAAAUGGAAUCAUCAAAUCAUCUAUGCUCAACGCUGAGGUUCAUCCUAAGCUAGACGCUAAAGGAAGAUUUCCGAAUAACUUCCAACGUCCUUUAAAAGUUAGAGACUUUCUAGCCAUGGAUAUAAAAACCCUAGACGCCCUCCUCAUCACCUACGAUCUCCCUGUAGGAACGCGUCACAGCUCUACCGGCACCGGAGUCCUCGCCACUUUCGUGGCUCAUCUCCAAAGCACUUCAAACCAUGGAACCAGAAAUCUUCCCUGCGAUUGCAGAAUCUGCGAGUCCGUUCACGAAGAGCAAAAGACGGAGAAGAGAGAAGUGCUUUUUGAAUAUCUCUGUGUGGGUGCGCUGCAUGGUGGGUCGGGGGCUGGAACUUUGUUGGCUCAGGCUCAUGGUCAAGCACAAGGUCGAGCGCAGGCGCAAGCGCAAGCUCAAGGUCAAGUGGCUCGAGCAGGAGGCGCCUUAGUAGCCGCGAACGCAGGAGGCGGAGGUGGUCGCGGAGGAGGUGGAAAUCAAUGCGCAAACGCAAAUGCAAACGCAGCAGGUUAUCUCAAUCUCCCGCAACCGGGUCAUGCGAUACAAGUGCAGAAUGUGCAAGGAGCGGUGCCAAACCGGUUGAAUAAUAACAAUAUCGGGCUUGCACAGCCAAGUCAGCAUGCGAGUCAUUCGCAUCAUCAGUCGCAGCAUAUGAGUGGUGGGAAUGGGAAUGAACGGGGCAGGUUGAAGAGUUGA